CCACUACAUGCGAAACAAAACCGAGAAUAAAACGCUGCAGAGGCAAAAAGCAAGAAGAGGAACGAACAGAGGCAAAGAGGAAAAAGCAAAAAGAGGAACGAACGUCGGUUCUCUUCUCAAUUCAACACUUGUCCAAUUUCAUUGCGUUUGCGAUUAUUUUCUACUCAAAAACCACAACCAAUGCAUCGUAACUUAAUUAAUCAACAACUGUGAUCGCCAAACAUCGGAAAAUAACAAAACGCACGAGAAUUGCCAACGCUCCAAUUGAAAUUCACCAUCCCGCCCCUCCAAAGUUCAGCGUCGGAAGUUUAUAAAGUGUGCCCCAAAAAGUGCAAAUUUUCGGCGAAUUUCAACCCAUAAGCAAUACACAUCGUGCAUUACAACAACAAGCAUUAUCCAUCGGAAAAUCGGAGGAAAAUCACCAAAGACUUUCGAAUCCGACACUCCGUUCCACAAAACUUGACACCUAUUCGUCGUCGUGUCGGGGUAUUCCAAAAGGAGCUGGCAAGCAACUUAAUCGGAAUCUAAGAUCUGCUGAGAACCGGCGUUUUUACGUUGAGGAAUCCGUAGUCCAGAGAAGAAGCAAUCGCCAGCAAUGGUCAUGGAUGCGACCCAAUCGCAGCAGCCUUCGCCGCAGUCGGUGGGACGUGAGUUUGUCCGCCAGUACUACACGCUGCUGAACAAGGCACCCAACCACUUGCAUCGCUUCUACAACAACAACUCUUCGUACAUCCACGGAGAGUCGAAGCUUGUGGUGGGUCAGCGGGAGAUCCAUAACCGCAUCCAGCAGCUGAACUUCAAUGAUUGCCACGCGAAGAUCAGCCAGGUGGAUGCCCAGGCCACGCUUGGCAACGGUGUGGUUGUGCAGGUAACCGGCGAGCUGUCCAACGAUGGUCAGCCCAUGAGGCGUUUCACCCAGACGUUCGUUCUGGCCGCCCAAUCGCCGAAGAAGUACUACGUGCACAACGACAUCUUCCGCUACCAAGAUGUGUACAUCGAGGACGAGCAGGAUGGUGAGUCGCGUUCGGAGAACGAUGAGGAGCACGACGUUCAGGUGGUGGGCGGUAAUUCCGGCACCGUGGAUCAGGCAGUCCAAGUGGUUGGCGAUGUGGUCACCCAGCAGCCCCAGCAGCAGCAGGUGCCACCGCAGCCACAGGCCCAGGUGGUGGUGGCCCAGCAGCAGCAGCAGCAGGUGGCUCCUGGAACUGCAGGCGGUGCUGCUCCGCAGCAGAUCUUCUACCCAUUGCCAGCGGGAGCUGCUGCCGGACGUCCAGUGGCUGUUUUGCCUCCGGCACCCCAGGCCGCGGCGGUUCCUAUGCCGGCGCAGUUCAAUGUUCCACCGCCACAGCCCAUCCAGAAUGGAGCGGUGUCGCAUGAGGAGCUGCAGCAGCAGCAGCAGGUGCUGGUCCCGCCCAGCGUAUCGCCUCUGGUGCAGCCAAGCGGUACUCCGGUACUGCCCAUUGUACCAGUACCAAGUGCGGGCUUCCAGCAGUCGCCCCUGGUGGCACCACAACUCAUCCAGCAGCAACCUCCACAGCUGCCACCGCAGCAACCCAUCCAGCAACAGCAGCAGCAAUCACAGGCCGAGCCCGAAGAAGCCGAGGCCCCGCGCCAGAUGCAGAAGCCCCCGACUCCGGUUGAUGACUUCAAGACCAUUCAUGAGCAGCAGCAGCAGGAGAAGUACGAGGCCGCCAAGCAACAGCAGAACGAGCCAAAGACCUAUGCGAACCUGUUCAAGUCCACUUCCUCCUCGCCCAGCGGAUUCGUUAAUGCCGCUCUGCAGCAGCAGCAGCAACUCCAGCAACAGCAGCAGCAAACUAUCAGCAGCAACACCUACAACAACUCGUCUUCAAGUUCAGCGGGCGGAGGCAACGGCGCUCAGGUGAGCUACUCGACCACCGCCUCGUCCUAUAACAACAGCAAUGGCAACUCUCGGCUUGACAACGGCGGUCCGCUGCCGCAACGCAACAAUUCGAUCCGGAACAACAAGGGUGAAUUUGAGCAGCGUCGUCCGAGCAAUGCUCAACAGUUCGGUGACAACCAGCAGCUCUUCCUGGGAAAUAUACCACACCAUGCCAGCGAGGAUGAUUUGCGUGAUCUGUUCUCGCGUUUCGGCAACGUUUUGGAGUUGCGAAUUCUUUCCAAGGCUGGCAACAAGCUGCCGCCGGGCAUGCGUAGUCCGUUGAACUACGGCUUCAUUACCUACGACGAUCCUGAGGCAGUGCAAAAGUGCCUGGCCAAUUGCCCCCUGUAUUUCCCGGAGAACUCGCCCGAUGGUCAGAAGCUGAAUGUUGAGGAGAAGAAGCCGCGCAUCCGCAGCGAUAUGGCUCCUCGUCCGCCGAUGGGUGGCGAAAACAAAUACAACAACAUGAAUCGUUUGGGCAACAACAAUGGACCACAGUCGCGUCCAAUGAACAACAACAACGGCAGCAGCGGCGGCGGUAUCAUGCGCAACAACGCUGGAGGUAAUAAUCUACGCCAGGGCGGCGGCGGUGGCGGAAACGGAGCCCCGCGCUUGGGAGGCGGUGGAUUUGGACAGCGUCAGGAUAACCGCACCGGUGGCGGCAACAAUCAGUCCAACGGACCGCUGCGCGGUGCCGGCAACGGACAACAGUCCGGCGGUGGUAACUACGGACGUCGCUAAGAUGGAAAUCCACUGCACAGCACCACAUCGGCGAUAACAUUGGCAGAGGCAGCAGCAAACAAAGAAGAAAUGAAUACAAAAAACUAAAACUAAAUCAGCAAACCCAACGUUAAGAACAUCGACUUCUUCCUCAAUGCAAUCAAUCAAUUACAUUCAGAAACAUCUCAUGCGAUUAAGCACAAGACACACACAUAAACAAAAAGUAGUUGGAGCAACUAAAUGUCAACUGUCCUUUAAAUGUUCCUGAGCGUGUAAUCACAACAGCAAAAACUCGAGGCAACGACCUUCAAGAAAGAAAACAAUUAACAUAAAAAGGCUUAAGUAAAUGUCUUGGGUCUUUACUUAGUCUAAUUUCGUUAGGCCCACUCUUUUUCCAGCCAGUUCGUGCCAAAAGAUACUGUAAUUCUGUGCAAAUCUCUGUUGUGAAACAAGUAGCUUCAGCUUGCUUCCUCCAACUGCUUCUCCUCUCACCUUACACACCAUCCACGCACUGAAUCACUUUCGCCCUGCAAAUAGCACGUAUUAAGUUUAAGUCUCAAUGGAACAUUUACAUUUCACACACAUCCAUCGGAUAUCAGACAGAAACACACACACACACCACACCCAUCUUAGCGUAAAUGUAAACAUUAAUUUCAGCUCUCGUUUGGUAAUUCACUUUUAACCAAAAUGUAACUUAAGUUCACCAAAAGAAAGAAAAAGGAAUUGCAACAGUU